AUGGCGAAGGUAUUGAAUGGGAAGGGAGAGGAUGGCACGGCUGGGAAUGGAAGCUCUGCGUAUCCAUACUUUGCUGAACUAUUGCCACGGCUACAUGCUAUGACCGUAACUGUCAUUCUUUCUCGUUCGGCGUCCGUCGCGGUGUCGGCGGGGAGUUCAAACGUCUUACAUGUCAAUCAUGGUGAUGCACAUAUCACCAUCCCGCUGCCGGAUGUACCCCAAGAACUUCAGACAACAUGCGAUACCAAACAAGAUGGAAUGCUCAGCCUGAGAUUACCUGUCUCCAGCAAAGUAGCCAAAACGAACACCUCUGAUCCAAUCCCAUGGCAAUCAUCCUCAUUGAAGUCUGCGCAAAUCACCUGUUCCGGCUGCUCAAGCACACUACUCACAAACACGGAAGAUCUGCAAUGGAAAGAUCUACCAUCAGAGUUCUGGGCCGAAAUGAUGGAUUGUUGGGUUUGUCACCGUGGAGGCAGUGAUCAUGAACAUGACGGACAACCAGUUAAUCCGAGUGGGGAGAUGUUUUGGGCAAAGCCUGGCGCUGGUUUCGUUGGUUCGACAUACUUCCUCAUCUCUCCCAAGGACCUCCAAAACACCAAGCCAAGUCCGUCGAUACAAAGUUCUGCCCAAGAUCAAAACACACAUCCAAUCCUUCCCCCCGCCCUCUCCUCAAGUUUAUCCGCCUUCGAGCAGGAUUCGAUGAGUGAGUGCGAAGCGCAGUGCAAGGAUUCGGAUUGCUGUGAUGGCUUUAUUUUUCACCUGGACGAUACGCGUGAGAUAGUCCGGGGCCAGGAUGAAGGCACCGCUGUGGCUUGUCGAGAGUGCGAGAAAGUGCUAGGUGCGAUGACUCCGGGCGGUGUACGGGUACCCAAAUGGAACGUCGCUGUGAAUGGAGCGAAACACCCCGCGUCCAAGUUUGUUGCAGCUGAGUUGUUGGAGAGUGUUGAUGCUCAUGCUACAUACCACUUCUUGUUACGGUCUGAAGACGGUACCGGUACCGGUCCCGAGGCGUUGAGGAUCUGGAUAUUCAACCCGUCGUUACAUAUCACGUUAGGUGUCGCACAUCCCAAUACACCCCUGACAAACGAGGCCGCCGUAACCGCCCCCACCAGAGUCAUGAAGGUAUUAUAUCGUCUAGUAGAUGGCGAGAAUACGGAUACUGCUCCGGAGGAGAAUGUGGAAAGCUUGACGUAUGCAAAUGAUGUCUUGCAUGUGAUCAGAGAAGGUUUGAAAGCGAGUACGGAUAGAUUACCGCAGGGGUUAAGGAAAUUCGGGCGGUGGGAUGUGGGUUACUUGGAGAGAUUUGAUGAUCAAAGGUAA